AUGUUAGCCAUCGGUCGGAUUCAACGUCAGGUACAUGCCACAAGGCGAGCAUCGCUAGCUUCCCACUUCCAUACUUCUUCCAUUCUAUUCAAACAAAACAAAAAUAUUGCCUUUGUCUUUGAUAUUGAUGGUGUUCUUAUACGAGGAAAAAAGCCCAUCCCGCAAGCUAAACCAACGUUGGAGUUACUCAAUCGAGAGAAGAUUCCUUACAUAUUGAUGACCAAUGGUGGUGGAGUGCUGGAAUCUCGAAAAGCUGAAGAAGUUGCUCAAAUAACUGGAGGUCCUGCUAUUUCGCCAUUGCAAGUGGUGCAAAGCCAUACUCCAAUGAAGGCAUUAGUACAAGAUCCAGAGUUCAAUCGAGUCUUGGUGGUUGGUGGAGAUGGUGACAAUGCGAGAAAAGUAGCUGAACAGUAUGGGUUUAAAGAUGUAAUCAUGCCCAUCGAUAUUGUCAAGGCUAAUAAAGCAGUGUCACCUCAUGCUAUGUUUACCAAACGUGAUUUAGACGAAUAUGCCAUUGACAUUGAUUUAAACAAACCUAUAGAUGCGAUAUUGGUCUUCAAUGAUCCUAGAGAUAUGUCUACUGAUAUUCAAGUUGUUCAAGAUUUGUUGAACUCAAAUAGAGGUUUGAUUGGCACUAAACGCAGCUUGAAAAGUAUUAAAGAUAGAACCAAACCAUCAAUCCCCAUCAUCUUUAGCAACAAUGAUUACAUUUACGCUAACGACUUUCCCUUACCGAGGUUUGGACAAGGAGCGUUCAGAAUCAUUACGGAGACAUUAUACAACACCACCAACAAGCUAUUUCCACCAAACAAUCUCGAUUCAUUGAUUAUGGGGAAACCAUUUAAAUUGCAAUACGAUUUCGCUCACCAUGUCUUGAUUGAUUGGAGACUAAAAUUGAUCUCUGAGAAAUUUGACACGAAGCAAGUGCUCCCUUUGCUUGGUUCAGUUCCACUGGAAUCACCUUUUACAGAUAUUUAUAUGGUUGGAGACAAUCCAGAAUCGGACAUCAAAGGAGCAAAUGACAAUGGAUGGCAGUCCAUCUUAUUAAGGACUGGUGUUUUUCAAGAUGAGGAUUAUGAAGGCAUUAUCGCCAAACCUACUGUGGGUGUGUUUGAUAAUGUUGAAGAAGCUGUAAAGCACGUGUUGCGGAAGCACGAUAUACCUAUAGAGUAA